CUCCGUGUGUUGCUCUGUGCAGAGCUAGCUAACUGAACCUGUUGGCGCUUUUUAAAGCAGUGAGAUAAAGUUUGCUUGAUGGCGGCAGGAGGAGUUUCAGCCUCUCCGCGUUUAGCUGCGUCUAAAGAAAAGCUUUUAAUUAGUUUAUGUUUUUAGUUUAUCGGUGUUUGAUCGACUGGAAGGAGGUAAAGCGGCUGCGGCGCCAUGGCUCAGCUGGAACAGUGGGUCAACGACCGUCUGCACGACAUCCUGGGUCUGAGCGACCGCUACGUCUCCCAGUUCAUGAUCGGCAUCGCUCGCAAAGCGUCCAGCCCAGAGGACCUGGUGAGCCGCCUGGAGCAGACGGGGACCAUCGACAUUGACCAGAGCGUCACCGCCUUCGCCAAGGAGCUGUUUGAGAAGAUUCCUCGCCAGCAGGUGGUGGAGAAGCCGUCUAAAGCGGUGGAGCGGAUGGCCAUAGAGAUGGAGAGGAAGAAUCGGACAUACACGCUGCUGGAGGACAGCGACAGCGGAGAAGAGGAGGCCAGGGACAGGCCGGCGGGGAAGAAGAAGAAGAGCAAAGAGGAGAAGAGAGGAAGCAAGAGGAAGAACAUCAGACAGAAGAAAGGAAGCGAGUCGAGCGACGAUGAAACUGAGAGGAGGGGCCUUUCUGUCCAAGACGAACGCCGAUCCGUGAAGGAGGAGGAGGAGGAGGAGGAGGAGUGGGAGAAGGAGGAGAGGGAGCGGCAGCAGGACAUAAAGGCCAGAGACGAAUUCGCUCAGAGAGUGAGGGAGAAGGACAAGGAGAAGACCCGGAACAUCGCCGAGCGGACGGAUAAGAAGGCUUAUGAAGAAGCUCAGAAACGGCUGAAGAUGGCUGAAGAUGACCAGAAGAACAUGGUCCCGGAGCUGAGAAAGCGUUCCCGCUGGGAAUACCUGAAGAAGAGAGAGGCAGAGAAGCUGGAGGACCUGGAGGCGGAGAUCCUGGAUGAGGAGUACCUGUUCUCCACAGAGGAGCUGACAGAGAAGGAAAGGAAAGACCUGGAGUACAAGCGGACGCUCCGAGAUCUGGCCAAGGAUUACAAGAAGGCCGGAGCCAAGGAGCAGGAGGAGAGGAAGAACAGGUACUACAUGCCGGAGGAGAAGAGGAGCAAGGAGGUUCCUCAGAGGGAGCUGGAGCUGGAGGAAACCCCCAUGGAGCUGGGAGGAGAGCAGGGCCGCUGGGAGGAGGAGAGGCUGAAGACGGCCUCCCUCAGCUUCGGAGCCAAGAAGGAGCGAGAGCUGGGCCUGAAGGAGGAGCAGGAGAGGUACCAGCUGAUCCUGGAGGAGGAGGAGAUGAUCGACUUCGUCAGCACAGCCAUCACCAUGAAGGGAACGCGCUCCGACAAGGAGGAGGAGCAGCAGGCGCUGUCUCAGGCCGAGCUGAAGAAGCGCUCCAUGCAGGAGGUCCGCCGCAGUCUGCCCAUCUUCCCCUACAGAGACGACCUGCUGGCCGCCAUCCAUGAGCACCAGAUCCUGGUCAUCGAGGGCGAGACCGGCUCAGGGAAGACCACCCAGAUCCCUCAGUACCUCCUGGAAGACGGCUACACCAAAGGAGGGAUGAAGAUCGGCUGCACUCAGCCUCGCAGGGUGGCCGCCAUGUCUGUGGCGGCCCGGGUGGCAGAGGAGAUGAGCGUGAAGCUUGGCAACGAGGUGGGGUACAGCAUUCGCUUUGAGGACUGCACCUCUGAGCGGACCGUCCUGAAGUACAUGACGGACGGGAUGCUGCUGAGAGAGUUCCUGACAGAACCGGACCUGGCCUCCUACAGUGUGAUCAUCAUAGACGAAGCCCACGAGCGAACGCUCCACACAGACAUCCUGUUCGGCCUCAUCAAAGACAUCGCCAGGUUCCGACCCGACCUGAAGGUUCUGGUAGCGAGCGCCACGUUGGACACGGAGCGCUUUUCCUGCUUCUUCGAUGACGCUCCUGUCUUCAGGAUCCCUGGCAGGAGGUUCCCCGUCGACAUCUUCUACACUAAAGCUCCAGAGGCGGACUACCUGGAUGCAUGUGUGGUUUCAGUGCUGCAGAUCCACGUCACUCAGCCUCCAGGAGACGUUCUGGUCUUCCUCACCGGACAGGAGGAGAUCGAGGCGUGCUGCGAGAUGCUGCAGGAGAGGUGCAGGCGGCUGGGGUCCAAGAUCGCCGAGCUGGUCGUCCUCCCCAUCUACGCCAACCUGCCGUCCGACAUGCAGGCCAAGAUCUUCAGCCCGACUCCCCCUGGAGCCCGGAAGGUGGUGGUGGCCACCAACAUCGCAGAAACCUCGCUGACCAUCGACGGCAUCAUCUACGUCAUCGACCCCGGCUUCUGCAAGCAGAAGAGCUACAACGCCCGCACCGGCAUGGAGUCGCUGAUCGUCACGCCCUGCUCACGGGUAGCUAACCUUAAUGAUCUGAUUCACUUUGACUUCAUGGACCCCCCUCCCCAUGAGACGCUGGUUUUGGCUUUGGAGCAGCUCUACGCUCUUGGAGCUCUGAACCAUCUAGGAGAACUCACUAAGUUGGGGCGACGGAUGGCUGAGCUGCCGGUGGACCCCAUGCUGAGUAAAAUGAUCCUGGCCUCUGAGCAGUAUAAAUGCUCAGAGGAGGUGCUGACCAUCGCCGCCAUGCUGUCCGUCAACAACUCCGAUCCACGGCAGGCGGUGACGGCCGGGUAUUUCUACCACACGGCGCGGCUCAGCAAAGGCGGCUAUAAGACGGUGAAGCACCAGCAGACGGUGUACGUCCACCCAAACAGCUCGCUGUUCGAGGAGCAGCCGCGCUGGCUCAUCUACCACGAGCUGGUCUUCACCACCAAGGAGUUCAUGAGACAGGUGAUUGAGAUCGACAGCGGCUGGCUGCUGGAGGUGGCGCCGCACUACUACAAGAGCAAGGAGCUGGAGGACAGCAGCAGCAAGAAGAUGCCCCGAAAACAGGGCAAGACCAGGGAGGAGCUGGGCUGAGGACGGACCGGGACCGGACCGGGACCCGGAAC